AUGAAGACUUCUUUUGCCCUUUUCCUCGCCACAGUCCUCGCUGUUAGAUCCUCCCUCGCCGCUCCGCAUGAGGACCAGCCUGGCACCGCAGGUCUCGACAAGCGUAUGCUGGGUCUCGGAUCCGAGACCUUCUACGAUCUGGCCAAUAAGUGGGAUCUAGCGAACGCCGGCGAACGCACCUACCUGCAGUACGAUGUCGGAUCUGACUCAGCCGUUUACGGCACGCUGUCGCUCGUGGGCGCAGACGGAAAGGUGAUAAAGUCCGGGUCCGUAACGGCGAGCAGCAUGCAGAUGUGGGAUAAGCCAGCUGUCAGCAAGCGCCGUGACCUCUCCCCCCUCGAGGCGAGGGGUGACGAAGAAAAGGAUGACGAAGAGAAGGAUGACAAAAAGAAGAAGAAACGGUGCGAGGAGAUCGACUGCGAAGAUGGGGGCCUAUUCGUGUACGGGUCUACGAGGGAGAACGAAUUCUGCCAAAAGCAGGGGUGCAAAAAAAGGUGCCAAGGUUUAGCAAUAUUGACAAAGGGAAAACACGGCAGGAAAACCAGGAAGGAGGUAAAGCGAUGCAUGUCUAAAUAA